GCGUAAAAAGCCCGUUUAGUAUCCGAAAGGUACCAAUAUGGCGGAGGCUUCCUUGGGAAGUACAAGCCCAGUUGGCUCUUUGUCAUCGGAAGAUCACGAUUUCGACCCAACAGCAGAUAUGUUGGUCCACGAUUAUGACGACGAGCACACUUUAGAGGAAGAGGAGAUGCGAGAAGGGGAGUCAAAUGGGAGUUCGGAGAUAGCAGAUCUGGAGAAGGAGGGGAACAUGCCAUUGGAAGAGCUGCUUGCCUUGUAUAGGUACGAACCAUCAGUCAGCACAGUCGGAGGGUCGAGUGCAGACAGCUCUUCAGUCGAACUGACGGACGAGUUACCAGACAUGACGUUAGACAAGGAGGAAAUUGCUAAAGAUCUGCUCUCUGGAGAUGAUGAAGAAACCCAGUCUUCUGCUGAUGACCUCACGCCGUCAGUGACUUCGCAUGAAACCACGGAUUUCUUUCCCAGAACUCUUCGCUCCAACGCUAUUUAUGAUGGAGAUAAAGAGUCUGAAGGUGAGGAGGACGGUCUGAAUGCAGAGGAUUCUCGAAAGGAAAUAAUGGUUGGAUCUCAGUAUCAAGCUGAAAUUCCUUCCCUUACCCGUUAUAGUGAACAUGAAAAGGUUUAUGAGAAUGAAGAUCAGUUACUGUGGCAGCCAGACGUACUAGCAGAGUCUAAAGUGAAAGAAUUUUUGCAUGAAGCCACCUUUUCCUGUUCUGAUGGUGCUAUGAGGGAUCGAAAAGGUCUCGUUAAAGACAACGAACAGGCUUUGUACGAGCUUGUCAAAUGCAACUACAAUGUCCAUGAAGCGCUUGAAAGUUAUCGCAGCAAAGAAAAGUCAUCAAAGGGUGAUAUGCUCCCAUGGACUGAAGAAGAAUGCAGGAAUUUUGAACACGCGCUUCUUUUGUAUGAGAAGAAUUUCCAUCUUAUUCAGAAACACAAAGUGCACACAAGAACUGUUGCAGAAUGUGUUGCAUUUUACUACAUGUGGAAAAAGUCUGAACGCUUUGACUUCUUUGUCCAACAAAACCGGUUUGGAAAAAAGAAGUUCAGCAGCUACCCUGGUGUAACGGACCUAAUGGACCGACUGGUGGAUGAAGCUGAGGGUCUGGUGGAUAGCUCAGGCUCUGUCUGCUCUAGCAGUAGCGGAAGGAUAGAGACUUCAGCUGACCAGCAGCUCAAUAUCCUCAAUUCCAUCACUGCCAGUGACCUCUCUGCGCUAACCAGCAGUGUGGCGUCAGUGUGCAACCCCAGUGAUGUGGGCUGCCUGGACUCGUAUAGUUUCUCACCACUUGAUGGCCUCCACCGCGCUUCCCUGAGCCACAGUGAGCCACUCAGCUUUUCUGGCAAUGGUGAUGGAGACUGCCUCAACCUCCUGGAUGCUGGUUUCUACCAUUCUGAGCUGGGGCAGCUGAAUGUGUGUGGUGAGGAUUGCGAGAGGCCCCCUGCUAAGAGGCUCAAGAUGGGCUUGCCCGAGCCCUUCCUCAACGAGCGCAGCAUGGCCGUGGACUUCACCAGCACCAAAAUGGCUGUCUCAGUUACUGACUUCAGUGACUCGGGCAGCUACAUGGCAAGCCACACGCUACAUCAGCACACAGCACUGCAGUCAGAGUGAAAACAAAAUGCCUCGCUCCACUUCACAUUCGGACCAUGUACAUAGCUGGUCACUGGAAAUUCUAUUCCUUUUUUUUUUCGUUUUCUUUCUUUCUUUUUUUAUUAUGUAUAUGAGUGUAUAUAUGUACAGAAUCCUUUUUUACUAUGACAUCAGUGAUGUCUUAUUGUACAGACCUUUAAUCUUGAGUUCUCAAGAGUUAACAGCCAUUUAUUUUCAGUCCGUAAUAUUUUGGAAAGUGUCACGCUUGUCCUGUCCGAAUACUGUGGACACCGAACCUGUGAAGUCAAAACUUUUCACGUCGGUAGUUCCCACGAGAAAAUGCAGAAAUCCCCCCCCCCUUUCUAGCUAUUCUAGCAUCUUAAUAUCCGAGAGGUGCCGAGCAGUACCCAAGCCUUGCGUCAUUUAGCAGUUUUGUGCUUACUCCAAAUUGUUUCAAAAUGGUUUCAUUUGGAGCAAAAGACUUUUUGUAAGUGGAGCCACUGUGCCUCUUAAAGGAGCACUUCUGCGCUGCAGUUACCAGUGAAUGUUCAUUGAUAUGCAUUCAGGUGGCCCUGCGAUUAAGGCUUCAGACACUCCAUUUUGAGAAAUAUACAUUACAUUUCCUUUAAAUGAUCCUUUUUAUAUCUGGUCACACAAGCUUUAUUGCAGCUGUAACUAAUAUUUGUAAAUUUCUAUUGAUCAGUAAUUAUCAUUUGUCGCACCGUAUUUGAGUACUUGCAGAUCUUUUCAGACAGAAGGAAAACUCUGCUCAACAGUUCAGGAUACGGUUUCUUUUAAACAUUUUUCUGUUUAUAUGCUUCAUUUUGCAUUCUUGUUUGUAGUGGUUGAUCACUUUGGGGGGGUAUUUAUUUUGCUCUGAAAACCAUUGGACUGCACAUUGGUCACAAACUUUAGCUGUACUCGUUUGAAUUUGUGAAAUUUGCUGGAACAUGUCCUUUUUCUGUGUUUUGGUGUGUGUUCUGUUGCCAUGAGUGACUGCGUAUUUGAAGUAGAAUUGUUUGCAUGGGAAUCUUUAGCAGUAGUUGCUGGCGUUAUUUUCAUUUUUUUUUUUUUGUUUCAUUUGUUUUUGUCUGGAUUAGCUCAUCCCUGUACUCAAUUAUGUAUAUAUUUAUAUUAAGUACAUUAUGUGGCCCCGUGUUCUCCUGGUCACUGCCAGGAUAAUUUUAUUUUUUUUCUUUCCCUAAAGACAUGGAAGGCCGUACUGCUAUACUAGAUAUCUAAAUGAUCCACAGAGCGAUUACACUAAAUUGAUCUAUGCAUUUAUUACAGUAAUUUCAACCUGCACAUGGUUAAAAAUUAUUUGAACAAACUGAGAUUGUCUUUAAAUAUUAUCUUUCAAGCCACAUAUCGAUAGACCUUCUACCCUCAUUCAGUGAGCUUGUUUAAAGCUCUGCCCUUCACGUCCCAUGCUCACACGAUUAAGUGUGUUUACCUCAAUCUGGGUUUUCUUUGUUCCUGUACUCUUGCGUACUCACAUGGCAAUAAUUUGUAAAUAUGUACAGAUGCGGACGUAAAAACCUUCCCACAUUCUCUUCCUUUGCAAACAGACUUAAACUUGAAAAUUCUGUGCUUUUGAGUCUGUAACUUGAGUAUUCCACAGAAAUGCCUUUACUUGCUUUACCGUUUAGCCGAUUAUAUAUAAAUAUAUCUAUAUAUUUUUUUUUUCUGUCGGGUUUGCUUUACAAGAGAUUUGCUUAAGAAGUUAUUUAUUUAUUUAUUCACUUACACUGCAAGUGGGUGUAGUGUGUUUGAGGAUCAGUACAUGGUAUGGGUGAAGCUCGCCGACCUCAGCGAUUCAGCGCAGUGGUCCGUGUACAAGCGCAGCCGAUAGACUUGUGCGCUCUCUCUUCACAAGGAUUAGUGAAGUAGUUGAAUGUACAGUAUUACUACGUCUUAGGGGUUUACUGAACUCAUCUGAAAAAGGAGAGAAUGUUUUGCUGGUUAAGGCACAACCCUGGUUUGCAGUUUUGCCUUAACGUACAUUACUCAUUCAGAAACCUUGCAUGUUCAAUCUACCUGGAAAAAACACUUGCAGAAACAAUGGCGCCUCAGAGUGGUGGAUGUUUCCUAGACUAAAGUCUGUGCUGAGGAUUUUUAAGAAAAGAAAGAAGUAUGGUCUGUAACAUUCAUUUCCUGUACUUGAGGCCAGAAUUCUCCAUUUUGUUUGUUUUUCUUUAGAUACUUGAAGGAUGUGCAUUGAUGCCAUUAUUUAAUACACUUAAAAAAAAACUUUAAAAAAAACAAAAAAAAAACAA